CGCUAUUUACUCUUGUUGUCUGGCAACCCAAACAAGUACGUCGAGUUCGAGUUGGGAGUUUGAGGUUCUAUUCAGUGCUUGAGUUAGGAGAAUUCUACUUUCAUUGUGAACGACACCAUCCGCUACAACAGCAAUCAUGACAACGGAGCCUCCAAUCACUGACCAGGGGAGUGUCCACAGCGGAGGCAAGGAGGACAUCAACAUGAACAACAAUGCCAAGCCAGGAGGGGACAAACAGCCCGGAAGGGCAGGAGUGCGAAGCGGAGGUCGCAAGUCCCUGCCGUCACCGAUAACAAGUGCCCGGAGUAACCCCGCCGCUGAUAAUCGCAAUAUGAGACGCAUCAUUGCUGAAGAUCCUGACUGGUCACUGGCUACUGUGCCCUUGCUGACUGAGCUGUGUGUGAGCCAUGUUGUCAACAAGUUUGCAGAGCAUCCCAAACUAGAUGAGUUACUGCCUAAAUAUAAAGCCAAGGUCUUGGAGAAGAUUUCCACGGACCUUCCUCUGAAUGUGGUCGCUCACCUUGUGUCAGAUGAAGGCUACUGGGAACGUCGCUGCAAAUCCCGCUGGCAGGUCUGUGAUGUCUCCAAGUUUGACGGCAGCUGGAAGAGAAUGUUCUUUGAGCGUCACCUAGAACACAUCGUCGAGCACUUCGUCCCCGAAACCACAGACCUGACGGAGCUGAAUGCCACCCUGCCACUUGCGAGCCCCUACAUCAAACGGCUGAACAUCAAGCAGCUCCUCCCACCAGUUAAGGAGGAGCUCGCCAAACAGGUGGAGGAUGUGUCAGACGCGGGCAGCGACGCGGGACUGGAUGGGCCCAGCAUGGACCACUUUGAGUUCAGCCUUGUGACCCAGAAGCUGCCCCACCUCCAGGAGCUGCGCAUCACCUACGGAGUCCAGGACUGUGGCAUGAACUUUGAGUGGAACCUGUUUCAGUUCACUUCCCGCGACUGCCAGCUCCUCUCCAAGUGCCUGAAGGCCUGCCGCUCGCUCAAGAUCUUCCAGCUCCACCGCAGCAAAGUGGACGACGAUAAGGUCCGAGUGUUGAUCGCCCACAUCCUGGACCAUCCGUCCUUGCAGGAGCUGGACCUGUCUCACAACAUGAUAGGGGACAGUGGAGCUCGUGCCGUGGGCAAAUUGCUCAACGGACACUGUGUACUGAAGAAGAUUGACUUGUCCAACAAUCGUAUCAGAGCCAAUGGAGCUGGUGCAAUUGGUCAUGCACUGGCAAAAAACACAUCGCUCAAAUACCUCAACAUCAGACUGAACAGAAUGGGUGAUGAAGGUGGCCAAGCACUAUGUCGCGCCCUCAUCAAGAACAGCACCCUAGAAGAACUGAAUGUUGGAAGCAACGACCUAACAGAACCCACAGCAGCCAUCAUGGCUCAGGUCGUCAUUAACAACAUCACGCUCAGGAGGGUCAACUUGUCCUGUAACAGACUGGGCCCAGAUGGAGGCAAGCAACUCCAGGAGGGCAUGGAAGAGAACAAGACCAUCUUGGAGCUGGACUUGAGACUGACAGAGGUUGGGCAGGAGUCAGAGUACUGCAUCAAUCAGAUCUUGAAGAAGAACCAGGAACGGGAGCGGGAACUCCAGCUGAUGGAGAAGGAAAAGAACUCGCUGGACAGAUAGAUGGGACAGGUGGAUAGAACGUGGGAUUAGGUCUGUGCUGGAGUUCAAGUGAUUGGUUUGAAUUUUAUUGUGUAAUAUUAUACAGAAACAAAAUACAUUGGUAUAUGGCCAUCUCUUGUGUACAUGUACGCAAACUCUGCUGUGUUAGAGCAUUCCUGUUUUGGCCUACAUUGUGUGGAAUGUACUUGUGUACUUGUCACCGAACUCUAUUUGAGGAGUAGAAUAUUAUCAGGUCUAUUUUGAGUAAAACUGGCCCAAAACAUCACCCUUGAUAUAAGUUUAGUCCAUAAUUUUGGUUUUCUCUGCAGUCUUCAAUAAAAUUAUAAUUUAAACAAUGUGACUUGAGUACUAUCCGCCCCGAACUGAAGUGCACCAUCAAUCGGCAAAAGAAAGACAAGUGGUUACAAGUGGGUUCAUGCACGCAGUCUGCGUGCAAGACCAUACAUGCUGGAGUAAAUUAGUUACGCGUACUCAGCGUGCUCCGCAUCAAACGAGCAUAUACUUGCGCAC